AUGGCUAGAAACAGUACCGAUAUUGAGGCUGUGGCCAUUCCAAGCCAGGCAAUGGUCGACAAAGAGAUCGGAAUCAAAGGCGAAAUUGCUGACGAAGGAUAUGAACUAUUCGAAGAUUCAGCACCUACCCCGAUCACAGAAGAGCAGUCCGUAGCUGUUCGAAACAAAAUCGAUCGCCAUCUCCUACCUCUCAUGUGCGCGCUCUAUGGCUUGAACUAUGUCGACAAGGUCGCAAUGGGAUACGCAGUUCUGUUCAACUUCAGGCAGGAUCUGGGACUCGUUGGCACCGAUUACUCCUGGGCGAGUUCAAUGUUCUACUUCGGCUACUUAGCUGCUCAGUAUCCCGCCAACUACAUUUUGCAAAGAUAUCAGACUGCAAGAAUACUGAGUAUCUCUGUGAUUACUUGGGGAAUCCUCAUGCUCGCGCACUUGGGCCUCAGAAACUUUGGUGGGCUCUUAGCUGUUCGCUUCCUGCUCGGCGUUGCAGAGUCGGCGGUAACCCCUGGUUUUGUACUGUAUACCUCGAUGUGGUACACGAGAAAAGAGCAGGUCAUGCGUACCAUGCUCUGGGCAGCCAUGCAAGGAUGUUUCAGCAUUGUAACCUCUUUACUGUCUUACGGUUUAGGGCACAUCACUAAUACAGCGCUCAAACCUUGGAUGUAUAUUUUCCUCGUACUUGGCCUCUUGAGUAUAAUCGUAGGGGUUUUGUGGCUUUUCACAAUGCCACAAACUCCAAACAAAGCCUCCUUUCUCACACCAGAAGAGAGAGUAAUUGCCGUCCAGCGUGUUGCUGGAAACAUGAUGGGUAUCAAGGGCUACCAAUGGAAAAGCUAUCAAAUAUGGCAUAGCAUAAUCGACCCCAAAACUUGGCUGGUCUUGGCUUUUGUCCUUUUUACUCAGUUGCCAAAUGGUGGGCUUAGCAGUUUUGGUUCACUAGUGAUCAGUGGACUCGGAUUUUCAUCCUUUGGAACCUUGCUUAUCGGCUUACCUUCAAGUGUGGUAAGCGCUGGAAGCAUGAUUGUUUGGGGGACUUUUUCGCUCAAAUAUGGCAAUCUGAGAACCUGGGGUAUGAUUGUCCCUUUGCUGCCAGCCAUUGCAGGUAUCGCGGCAGUGUAUGGUACUAUGGACACCGGAGCAAACAAGUACGGACGUGUGGUAGCUUACUGGUUGAUCAACUCCUAUGCUGUUACUUGGCCAUUCGUUCUUACUAUCGUGGGUCAAAAUGUCGCCGGCCAUACCAAGCGAGCUUUCACAAACACGAUGUUACUCAUGAUUUUCGCAGCUGGUAACAUCGCUGGACCAUUUUUGUUUCGCACUCAAGACGCACCAGGAUACGUGUUAGCUAUUGCGGCCAUUUUAGUAUGCUUCUGCCUUGCGUUGUUGAGCGCGAUCGCGUUGCGCUUCUAUAUGGUAAGAGAGAAUAAGAAGCGGGACCGCGUGUAUGGAGCUGUUGAUACGAGUGAAGCCAUUGUUGAUGGAAUGAGGACGGGUAUGCACGAUAAGACCGACCGGGAGAAUACGGAUUUUAGAUAUGUUUUGUAG